GGAGAGCAGAGGCGGCCGCUAUGUAGCGGAGACUGGCACCGGUAGUAUAGUAAUCCACGCGAGUGGCUGCCAACAACCACCGGCGGACCUCCACUACCUCCAGCCGCAAACCCAGCCUGGCCCUCGGUGACACCCCAGAUGGUUUCAGGGAGCUGGGCCACCUGGAGCUGAUGAGCAGAGAGCUGGACCCGACUGGCAUGGCACAGCUUAACCGAUCCAUCUCCACCGACUCUCUCAGCUCCAUCUCCUCCAUCGCCAACAACUUCGGCCAUGACUUCACGGUUGGCCAGCUGGAGGUGACGCUUGAGUUUGAGCAGUCCAGGCAUCCAGGCCAGGGGACGGGAAUGCUCCACAUUACUCUGCACCAGGGCAAAGACCUGCUGGAGAGGGAAGAGGGAGACUUCCCAGGCUGCUUCAUCAGAGUCUCCUUGGGGCCAGAGGAGCUCAAUGUGGGAGUCACAAGGGUCCAGACAAACGCAUUCACCGUGAUUUUUGAUGAGCAUUACUCCAUUCCCGUGGACUUGUCCACGCUGGAGGAGUACAGCCUGCGUUUUGCUGCUUUUGGUAUUGAUGCUGAUGAGAGAAACAUCAGUGCUGGGGUGGCAGAUCUCAAACUGUCAGACUUGGACCUGACCAUCAGACCAUUCAAUGCAUGGCUCUACCUUCAAGAUAUCAACAAAACAACACCUAACAAUCCAUCAGCAGUACCUGUCAGUGUGAGGCUUCAAACAGGAAGCACUCAGAGGGAAGUUAGCAGAGUGUCAUCAGCAGGCUGUGGAUGCAGUUGGGGAGAUCCUCUUGUCUCUCAGCUAUUUGCCAACAGCAGAGCGCCUCACAGUGGUCGUGGCCAAGUGCAAGAACCUGGUGUGGACCAAUGGCAAGAACACUGCAGAUCCAUUUGUCAAAGUGUAUCUCCUGCAAGACGGCAGGAAGAUCAGCAAGAAGAAGACUUCCACCAAAAGGGACGACACAAACCCCAUCUUCAACGAAGCCAUGAUCUUCUCUGUGCCGUCCAUUGUCCUGCAGGAACUCUCCCUGAGGGUGACGGUGGCAGAGACCACAGACGAUGGGCGGGGCGAGAACUUGGGUCACGUGAUCAUUGGCCCGGAGGCCAGCGGGAUGGGGAUCACCCACUGGAACCAGAUGCUGGCCACUCUGAGGAAGCCUGUGUCCAUGUGGCACCCUCUGCGCAGGAUCUAGGAUCUUUGCACUUCGUACAUAUCCAACCUGUUUCAAGUAAAACACUCGCUUCUUCACGUGCCUUUCCGCUCCCCCCUUAUUUGGAGCCAAUCUGUUACACUGUGUAAGUAAGAUAAGAGUUUUAGCCACAGGAGGAUAGUGUCUGUGUGGUAUUGUUACUCUGCUGCUGAGUAAUAAAUUGUUACUCCAUGUGAGGGGGAGGAAAGUGAAAAGCCAGUGUUUGACCCUGAGCAGGGUGUAUUUUUGCUCCCUGGAUUAGUUUGAUGUUUAAAUCCUGUCUUUAGUAUUUGGCUUUAUCCUGGCUCGGGUACAUUAUGGAUGAAGGUGGCAUUUAGGAGGGAGCAGUGCAUGUUAUGGAGGCCCUGAGAGUUUAACACACUGCAUCUUAAAAAUAUAGUCAGUCGGAGACCGUCUAUAAAUAGACAAAACAUCUUUGCCAAGUUGACAGUACGUGCAGGAUUUAGAAAAUGCUGCAAAGUUAGAAAACACAACCAAAAGUAAGAAAAAAGAUGAAAAAAAUGUUUUUUAGGCUGCACAGGAAGUGAGUCUGUGCUGUGUGCAUUACUCUCUAGCGCCCCCUGGAAAUCAUUUCCAAUCCUACCUGCAGCGUUUCUUCAUUUCUUCGUGUUUUCUCUCUCUGCGGCAUGAAUUUUGUCUAAAUGACGCACAGAUGUUUUGUUAUCUGCUUGUGUUUGGUCUAUUUGCAUAUGUGUUCUACAGCGUGUUGAGCUCUCAGGGCCACCAUACCAUAUCCCAAAUUACCCAGAUUGUGUUGAUUCUACGUCCUUUACUUUACGUCCUGAGAUCCAGGCUGAAAUCUCCACUACAACAACAGCAAACUAGACGUGGAUAUGUGGAUACUUUUCUCCCCCUUUUCAAAAUCUUGAUCAGAAGUUUCAGUUUGGACUUAAAGGAGAGUUCAUUAAAGAAAGGAGCCCAGCCUCAGCAGAUGUGACCCUCUCUGCAUGGUGCCUCCUCUGGUUGUAGCCUGUUAUAGUUGUAGAGAAUGACUGACUGGACGGAGGAGUGAUCUCACUGCUCUUUCAGGAAAACACUUGUUUGUCUUUUCAAAGCAGUCAUUGAUUGCACCUACGUGACUGAUUUUGUAGUGGGUUUUAGAGCCAAGCUGAGUUGUUGGAUUUGCUUAUGUAAUUUGUUAACAGUGAGACUGAUAAAUAACAGAGGUUUUGGUAUGUUCAGUAUUUAUUGUUCUUUUGAAAAAAAAAAAAAAAUCCAGGUACUCUUAUCCAGGUGAAAUAAUUGUAAUUUGUAGCAGUUGUUACAGGGUGGCCAAAUCAGAUGUAAUUAGCAUAUAAAUAUCAUAUUACAUUGUUCUAUUUUUACCAUGAUUAAUGCAAUACAAGUUGCAUACACAUAUUUAACAAUGUAAAUAGUAUUACAACAGUUUUAUCAUUGCCAUUUUCUCCUCUAAAUUUUGGGUGCAGAUCACGUUUUUUCAUGGUAUUACACUUUAAUAAGCAUCAAACUCCAGCUUCAUUUCUACAACACUAUAUUUAACAACUAUAUCAUUGCUGAUCAAUGAGUUAUUAUCAAAACACCUCUGGGAAUUUAACUUGUGAUGUAAAGUAUACUAACCCCUUUAAAUGGGUUUACAGUUCCUUUUAUGUUAAAGGAAACACCUUGAUAUUCUGAAUUCAUCACUCGUCACACUCAUUUUGGCAUUCGUCAUGAAGAUACCUGCAAGCUUCCCGUUGGCACUGAUGCUGUUCUUGGCUGAAACCGAGAGGAGCCACUGUGCAGAUCGAAGCCUGAAUGGAAACAUUGCUAAAAAGGUUUGUGGUUAAAAUGAAGAUUACAUGACAAGUGUUGAAAAAGUCAGAAUGUCAAGGUGGCUUUUUAUCUGUCUGAGAUAUUCUCUACGACAUUGUGCAAAAGUGCUGUUUUGUUGUAACUUUUGAAUGUGAAUUAUCAUGUGAAAUACCUGCUAACUCUGAAAGCAUCAUCAGCCUCAUGCAUUGUUGUGAUUUCUGUUGUUUUUCAAGCAGAACGUACUCUACAUUUUUGGUCGAGUUCUGAACGCGUUCCUCACCUCACUUUGAAAAUCUAUCCAAAAAUAACACAACUGUGGUCAUAUAAUACACAAUAUUUCCUACUGUGCCAAAUAAUGAAGCAAUAUUUUCAUUUACAAUCAGCAUUUGCAUUCGAUUCAACAAAGCUGUAGCCUACAUUCAACCAUGCAUGAAGUUAUUUAGCACUUGAUGUGAAUGUGCCUCAAGAACACAGUGUAUUGUGUGAAUGCUGUUUGAAAUAAAAAGCAGUUCAACAGUAA